GUCUCGUCACCUUUCUUCGCAGUCGCUGUCAAUUCGCACAUCAGCCACGCAAGAUGGCCGCUCUCACGUUUUCGCUCUGUCUUGCGUUAUUUGGAGCAGUUUUUGGCCAGGAUUGCGGUAGGAGUUUGUUUUACCCGGAAGGCAGAAUCAUCGGGGGUGUUCCAGCCUCAGCAUGCAGCGUCCCCUGGCACGCACAAGUCCAUUUUCUUCCAAACAACGCAGACCCCGCAUUCAACCCCAGUCAGGACCUCAACGCCGUCAACACCCUCAACUGUGGCGCAGUCAUCCUUGACGAGCUACAUGUGUUGAUAUCGCCGACGUGCAUGUUCCUGUAUGGAACCGAUGUGUCAAAUCUUCUCUCGCGGGUACUGAUCGCAGCUGGAGAUAAUGACGUCAGCAUCUUUCCUGAAACGUCCGUUCUCGGUACCCAACAAGAACAGUUCGGUACACCAGAUUCCAUUUACUUCCAAGACGAGUACACGAUUCGAACACAAGCACAGCUGUUUGCUGGCAUCAACCCAAGCGCUAACGACUUCAGAGCUUUCAGAGAUAAUCAGUGUGGAAUAAUCAAGCUGAAAGCACCGUUGGUCAUGAACAAUUGCGUCAACAAAAUCUGUUUGCCCACUGCCGCUGAUGACCCAGCCUGUACAUACAAAGGAUGUAUACUCACUGGGAACGGUCUUAUCACAUCCACGACCGACGGUUCGCAACCAACAAGGAACAACCAGACCGACAUUAUCCGUAUGACGGCUCUACCCCCUGCUGCCUGUGCUGUGCUAGAACGGAUGGGAAAUGCCCAACCCUCUACCAAUAGUCUCUGUGCCAAGUCGGAGACCGGUGGAUUCCCAUGCAUUAAUGAUAAUGGUGGAGCACUCGCAUGUUUCAACACUGACACCCAACGGUGGUUCCUCAGGGGCGCCGCGCUCGUCGACAACUGCAGUGCAGCAUCUGCCUCAGGUUUCGCAGACGUCUCGCAAUGCCUUCCCUUCAUUGAGAGGACACUGGCCGGACUUUCUACCCCCGCUGUGUAAAGCACAACAACCCAAGUUAUGACCGAUUUACCGUGAAAAGACUCAAAGCCAAUUAUGAUGCAAUAAAUAAGUUAUUUU